AUGGACAAAGAUUUCAGGACUGCCGUAACGAUGAGGCAGUCGAAGAUGUACAUGGUCAAGGAGAACAUGUACAACGCAAACACUCCCCAAAACGAACAAGUGGUGAAAUGUGCGGCCUUCAACAUCCAGUUGCCACAGGCGGUAAAGAACCUUCACAGACGACAUAGAGGACGGGAAGAAAGAAUAAAUCUUUCGAACAAGACUUAUUCUCUCGUCAAUUUGUCAGCAACACGCGUAAAAAACCCGUAUGAGGAUAUGGAAACCAUCAUCGGCCCAGAAGUCGUGGAAUAUGCGGCCUUCAACGUCCAGAUGCUACGUGCGACGAAAAACCUCCACAGAUGA